CGUUAUAAAAUGGAGGACUGGCCAUCGACUGUGUGUGAAAACGUGCGGCCACGUCGGCAUUCAACGUUGUAAUACUGUCAUGGUUAUCAACAGUAUCGAUGAGUCUGCCAGUUGAUGACUACGAAGAAGAUAUGAUUUCUUCAGGUUACCCGUCCACUGUACACGAGUGGAUGAAAGCUAUUCGUAGGCCCACACCUUACAGGGUGGGCAAUGCUCGAUUGCACCUGAAAACACGAACUGUCAUAUACGCCGCGCUGUUUUCAACUGCUAUUUUUGUGUUGUUUAUAGUAUUUAUUCCCCGGCCUGCUCCUGUCACUCCGAAAUGUGAUGAAUUUUAUUCAGAUAAAUAUUAUUUUUCAAAAUAUCCAUUGACAGCACCAACAAGGACAGAACAUGGAGCGACAUAUUCCAUUGGUCUGAUCACAGAUCUUGAUACAGACUCCAAAAGUAAAGAUAAGAAAGACACAUGGUUCAGUUAUUUCAGAACCGGCAACUUUACCAUAAGUGACGAUAACCGACAUAUCAAUGUGAAACUGAACCAGCCUGUGGUGAUCACUUCUACAUUGUCUCAAGGCGGACGUGGCAUGGAGUUGUCGGAAUUAGUGACAUUUAAUCAGAAGUUGUAUUCUGUUGAUGAUAGAACAGGAAUCAUCUACGAUGUAACUGACAGACAUGAAGUUGUGCCUUGGGUUGUACUUCCAGAUGGAAAUGGAAAACAUAAUAAAGGAUUCAAGUGUGAAUGGGCUACUGUAAAGAACAAGAGGCUGUAUGUAGGUGGCCUGGGGAAGGAAUGGACCACCACAACAGGGGAAGUCAAGAGCCUGGAUCCUCAGUGGGUCAAGUCUGUUGGUGUUCUUGGAGACGUUCAGCAUCACGACUGGCAUGCAAAUUACAAUGCUCUUAGAGCCCAAACUGGAACUCUUUUACCAGGUUACCUUAUCCACGAAUCUGGAGUUUGGAGUGAGAUCCACAACCGAUGGUUCUUCCUGCCCAGGAGAGCAAGCAAGGAAAAAUAUGAUGAAGUGUCCGACGAGAGACGAGCCACUAAUAUGUUGAUCUCUGCAGACGAGAACUUUCAAGAAAUUAAAGUGACACGAAUUGGAAAAGAGAAUCCAACCCAUGGAUUUUCCUCAUUCAAAUUUGUACCUGGCACCGACGACUUGGUUGUUGUGGCUCUAAAGUCUGAAGAAGAUGGUGGAAAAGUAGCAUCAUAUAUUUUAGUAUUUAAUAUCUAUGGUAAGAUCUUACUACCGGAACAGAUUAUUGGUAAUGUAAAAUAUGAAGGCAUCGAGUUCAUUUAAUCCUAUUGAAACAUUCCACAUAUCGUUUUGUUGGCCAGCUGUGAUAGAACAUGUGUUAUAGUGUACAGUCAUUGUGUGUGGAAGGCCCUGAAGUAGGCGAUUGGCUGGAACUUAUGUGCAGACAUUUUAUGACUCAUUUAGUUUUGAAACCAUAAUUCUUUCACACACUUGAUUCAUCUAUGUUGUCAUUGGCAUAUAUAUAUGUAUAUAGAAGAUGCAAUGUUGAUUGUGUUUUCAAUGUUUGAAAUGAAUCAAUGUCUUUGUGGCCUUCAGUAAUUGUACUAUGUACUUAAUCAUGCCAUGAUUGUACUGGUCAACAAUGGUCAAGAUGGCCAGGCCACCUCUCUUCACCAACAUGGCUGUAUACAGGAAACUGGGCACUGCUACCUCUCUGCACCAGCAUAGACCACAGGCAGGAAAAUGGCAUGACAGGAUUUCCUUGUGGUGGUCUCGAUUGUUGAAAGCUGUCUGGAGCCAUGUCACUGCAUACACAGUGUUUGAUCCAGCUUGGAGUGUCUUGUACAGCUGUGAGACCUAAGUAAAGGGGGUAACUCUCACUGGGUGAUCGGAACACAUACUUAAUGGUAGCUAUCAUGAAAACGAAACAUUCAAAAUAAAUGACAGUAUGUUGCAAUGAAUUUCCUUUUCUGUAUGCGAUACCAGUGUAUAACUAUUGGUACAUCUGGUAUCUGGCAAUCAAACCAUUAAACCCAAGAAGCAUUGAAAAAUCAUAAGUUUUGUUACUCCAAAGUCCACACCACAUCUCCCGAGGUAAGGCUGUUAACUGACCUGGCUGUUAUGAACCGGAUAUCUAGUUCGUUGCACAAUUUUGAUUGGACUAUGCAUAGACUCUUUAGUCCCGACAAAAUGUAACUCCGGAAUUCCAGCAUAGUUCAGCAAGGGUGGAAACUGGACUUAUACAGUCAGUUUACUCCCUUGCCUUGGAAGAUGGUCCACACCAAUGCUGAUGAUGCAGUCAGUUUAAUAUUAGGGCUUCACUCUGGUGUCUAAGCAGCUUGAUGUUGUAGAGUCACAUACUUCCUUGUACUGCUACCUCAUAUCUUACCCUCUGUCAUAUGUUAAUACUUGAGGCUACUUUACCCAUAUGACUGGAGAGAAGGGGAGAAAAAGAGCAUGAUGGUGAUAGCAUUUUAUUGGGAUGAGGCAGCAUGUGAAAAGUCUUCGAAGGCUGUCUUUUAUUUGUCUGUCUGUAUGUUUUAAUUCAACUCUCCAUGAUUUAUUUACUUAAAAUGCAUUAAUGAAAUAUGUUAUAGUAUUUACUGCUUGAUAGUACAGGGUCCAGUAAAGUGGAUGAGGGAUGCCCUGUGUUUACCUGACGGUACCGAGGGGGAUGCGGCACAUAAUGGGGGUUGGUGGUGGGAGGUGGGUUUGAUUGGCAUGCUGACCAAGGUUCACUUCCUCUAGUUACAUCGACAAAAAUAACUGUUUUAAACAUUGAUAAAAACUGUUUUAAAUAUUGAUAUUAAGAAAAUGUUUUACCUGUAUGGGAAUUCUUCCAAUCACUGUGCAGUAGUCUUCUGUACGAGGGAAUGGAUGUCAAAUGUUGUAACCUUCUGGAGAGUAAUCAGGCUCCAACAGCAUAAAACACUGGUCCUAGGAAUUGUUUGAAAAAUAGAAUCCUUAAUUGAAACAGUAUUAUCGUAAGAAUUUUUAAACUUUUUGUGCAUAUUAUUGUUUCCAUUGUUUUGAGGACACUUGUACUAGUUUUGGACAAAGUCAAAUUAAUGAGAUGUGAUGAAGCAGAAUAUUGCUGCCCCUCCUUGACUGCUGACCAUGGUUUAAGCUUUUCCCUGAUUCACCAUUGUAUCGAUGAAUCAUAAAUUUAACCUAAUGUAUCGAUUCCUGAUUUAGUUCUGUUUAUAUUUUCAAAAAGUAGUACAUGUAUUGCUACAAAGUCUAGCAUUUACAGCUUAUCGCCACUAACCACAAAACAAACUUCAAAAUCUGACUACAUAAUACCAUAAGAGCAAGCCUACAUGAAGCACACAUGCAAGUUGAACACUAACUGGUUGAUAGUGACAAUCCCUUGAUAGUCAGCCACAGGGAACAUUUAGAAUUUGACACCUGAAUUAGGUAGUCCCAUACAUACCUUGUCAUGACGUAAGUGUUGUGAAAUGUAUUGACACAUAAGGUAGCAUGUCAUAACAACCUCUAAGAUUAGUGAGACCAGGGAGACUAUACAAAGUCUAUGUACACUCCCUGGUAAGACUUUCAGAGCCACAAGUCAUGAUUAUUUGACAAUGUGAAUCAUCCAUCGGGAAUUUCUUGGAAUAAUGAAUCUGAUCGGCUUAGUUGUGUAUAUGUUCGAGGUAUUUAUUGUGUUUUACUUAUUGUUUCUUUAUCAUGUCUUCAUGAAUGUGCAUGUAUUGGAUGAAAUCCUGUCGAUUACUUUGCACACUGUGUGAAUGGAAUGUUUUUCAUAAUA